AUGAUUUUUCAGCGAUUGACGCUGACUGGAGCUCGUAAUUCGCUAUCGUCAAACUCGGAACUCCCGGUGAUUCCCGCUUUUCCACGGAUGACCGAUCUACCGAUGUACAUCACACCAUCACAGUAUGAUCCGAAGUUUGAUGCACCGCCGACAUACGAAGAAGCCGUGCGGUCGGCUCCGACUAGCCCCACGUCGCCUACGGAGUCCUCAGCAUUUCCUGUUCAAGAUCGACCGCGGCCCUCCAACAAUCCACCAGCAAGGUAA